ACAAUAUUUAAGGAGGCAAUACACACACACAAAGGCUUGAGUAAGCUUUUUAGUAAGAUAGACACAGAGACACAGUUGCUAAAAAAAAAAAAAAAAAAAAGUAAGAUAGACACGAAAACGUUGUUGUGAACCCAAAUUAAAAAAAACCUCUGUAAACGACGACGCCCACGUGUCUGCUCCUCACCGUCUGGUUCGUCUUGUGUAUCCUUAGUUCGGUUCACCUGGUUCGAGCUCAAAACCAAAUCGGAGCCAUUACCCAUCCCGACGACGCCUAAGCUUUGAACUCCAUCUUCGCGGCUUGGAAGAUCCAGGCGCCAAAGGAAUGGAACACGAGCGGCGACCUUUGCUCCGGCAUUGCCAUCUCCGACCGCAUCACCAUCGAUGACACAGACUACAACCCUCUUAUCAAAUGUAACUGCAAUUUCCAAAACUACACAAUCUGCUGCAUCACCGCCCUGAACCUCGCUCAAAAUUAUAUUACAGGCUCCCUUUCUCCUGCAGUCGGAAAUUUGACUCGAAUGGAAUGGCUGUAAGACUGUUGAUUGAAGGAGAGCAUCUUUUUCUUUGUUUAAACUCUCUUUUUUGUAUCUCACGCUCCAACUGUUUAUCAACUACUACCGCAGAACUUUUGGGAUCAAUGCCUUGUCUGGCCCCUUUCCUAAGGAAAUUGGUUUGCUUACAAAGUUGAAAUCGCUGGCUAUUAUAUUAGUUAAGACGGCACUGAACCUAUCUUGUAUAUAUUUUCGGCAUGGAGUGGUGUUGGUGUCAAUAACUUUUCUGGUUCUAUACAAGCUGAGAUUGGGAAUUGUACAAAACUAUUGAAAAUAUACAUGGGAAAUUAUGGACUUAGAGGGGAAAUACCCUUAUCAUUUGCUAAUCUCGUAUUGCUGGAAGACGUGAAAAUUCUAGGAACUAGCUUAACUGGUCCGAUACCAUCGUCAUUUUCCAACUUAAUUUCUCUGAGAGAACUGAGUAUUGGUGAUAUACCCAAUGGAGGUUCUCUUAAGUUCAUCAAAGACAUGAAAUCUUUAAGUAUAUUAGUAUUGAGGAACAGCAAUCUCACUGGGACAAUACCCUCCAAUAUCGCGGAAUACACAAGUCUGCAACAAGUAGAUUUAAGCUUCAUCAAACUACAUGGACCAAUUCCGGCUUCACUUUUCAGCUUAAGUAAACUUACUCACUUGUUUCUGGGAAACAACACGUUGAAUGGUUCGUUGCCCACUCAAAAGAGCAAGACUUUGAGCAAUAUAGAUGUUUCGUACAAUGAUUUGUCUGGUAGUCUUCCUUCAUGGGUCAGCUUACCAAAUUUGAAACUCAACCUUGUUGCUAACAAUUUCACCUUGAAAAGUCUUGACAAGAGAGGUUUACUAGGACUGAAGUGCCUGCAGAAGAACUUCCCCUGCAAUCGAGGCAAAGGAAUCUGUAAGCGUGAUUUGAAAAAUGAUUUGCUUAAAGUUUUCUCUAUUGACUGGUGUCUAGAUUCUGAUUUUUUUAUCAACUGCGGAGGGCCACAAAUACGGUCUGUUACCGUAAAGGUAUUUGAGAAGGAGAAUGAGGAUCUUGGAUCAGCUUCAUCUACCGUGAGUUAUGUUCAGAGAUGGGCAGUCAGUAGUGUAGGACUUUUUGCCGGGAGUAGCAAUAAUAUGUGGGUUAUCAACAGUCUGGACUCCGAGAUUUUUCAGUCAGCAAGACAUUCUUCAUCUUCUCUAAGGUAUUAUGGGUUGGGACUAGAAAAUGGAGGUUAUACUGUAACACUUCAGUUUGCUGAAAUAGAUAUUCUUGGUACAAACUCGUGGAGAGGUUUAGGAACACGACGUUUCAACAUUUAUGUCCAGGGAAGACUUGUUGUAAGGGAUUUUGAUAUAUGCAAAACAUCUGGUGACACUACUGUCCAAGCAGUAAUGAAAGAAUAUAAAGCAAAUGUAUCUGAAAAUUAUCUUGAAAUUCAUCUUUUCUGGGCUGGCAAAGGAUCAUUUACUGUUCCUGUUCUAGGUACUUUUGGCCCACUAAUAUCGGCCGUCAGUGCAAAACCAGAUUUUACACCAACUGUGGGCAAUAGGCCACCAACAAAAGAAAAGCAUAAGACUGGUCUUGUCGUGGGUGCUAUUGUUGGCCUUGGACUUUUAGGCAUUUUUGCCGGCGCGGGUAUGUUCAUCAUCCGAAAAAGCCGUAAGCGUUACACAGAUGAUGAAGAGCUGCUUAGUAUGGACGUAAAGCCUUACACUUUUGCUUACUCUGAACUUAAAACUGCCACUCAAGAUUUCAAUCCUUCAAACAAGCUUGGCGAGGGAGGAUUUGGGUCUGUAUAUAAGGGAAACCUGAAGGAUGGAAGGGAGAUUGCUGUUAAAGUGUUGUCAGCUGGAUCUCGACAGGGAAAGGGACAAUUUGUUGCAGAAAUCGUAGCAAUUUCUGCAGUUCUGCAUCGCAAUCUAGUAAAGCUUUACGGGUGCUGCUAUGAAGGAGAUUAUCGUUUGCUUGUAUAUGAGUAUCUCCCAAAUGGAAGUCUCGAUCAGGCACUAUUUGGAGGUGACAGAAUUUUACAUCUUGAUUGGUCAACCCGUUUUGAGAUAUGCAUGGGAGUGUCCAGGGGUCUAGCCUACCUCCACGAGGAGGCCAGUGUUCGCAUAGUACACAGAGAUGUGAAGGCCAGCAACAUUUUGCUCGACUCUAAGCUGCUCCCAAAAGUUUCUGAUUUUGGCCUUGCAAAGCUAUUGGAUAUCUUGCGCCAGAGUAUGCCAUGCGCGGACACUUAACAGAGAAAACGGAUGUGUAUGCCUUUGGUAUUGUGGCUCUUGAGCUGGUGAGUGGAAGGAAAAACUCGGAUGUCAACUUGGGGAAUGAGAAAAAAUAUCUUCUUGAAUGGGCAUGGAAUCUACACGAGAAUAGCCAUGAAGUUGAACUAAUUGAUCAUGAGCUGACUGAAUUCAACAUGGAAGAAGUGAAACGCGUGAUAGGAAUUCCUCUGUUGUGCACUUACUCAUCUCAUUCCUUGAGACCACCGAUGUCAAAAGUGGUGGCUAUGCUUUCAGGAGCGUUGAGGUUAGUGAGGUAACCUCUAAACUAGGGUACCUAACCGACCUGCGAUCUGAUGACACAUCAAGCUCCUCUUUCAGCGCCUUUCAAACUAGAGAGACAGGCGUUUCUUCAUCUUACUCGACGAGCUUUGUGACGCCCAGUGAGGGAGCAUUUAACCAAAUGCUUGGAGUCAAAAUCAAUGAGGGGAGAUGAUAAUGUCUCUUCUAUCUAUUAUGGUCGUCUAUACAUGUGUAGACCUUUGUGUAUUUAACUAUAUGAGGAUCACUAUUUCCUUCUUUGGCUAGAGAAACAUUUUCACUUUGGUUCAAUAAUGUUUUAAGCACUUAGUAAUGAGUUUGUCCGCUAAUGAAAUAAUAAUUCUAAAAAGUUUAUUUUAUUUGUGUCCGA